CACUUUCUCCACAUUCUCAUUCUUUUUUUUAAGAAAAAUCCUUUUUUUUCAUCAUUCUUUUUCUCUCUCUAGAAAAAAAAAACUGAAAAAUUAGAAAAUUAAAAUUUACUAUCCGUUGGAUCUCUAACAGCUAAAAACCCAAUUUGAAAAAUGGACGAUGAUCCUUGAUUUUCUCUCUCCUAAUAUUCUAGAGAGAGAAAGAGGGAAAAAAAAGAAAAAGAAGAAAGAGAGAGUAAAUGAAGAAGAAAAGAACCCACCUUUUUGUAAGGGAAGAUUAGUUUGAUUCUUUAGAAUUGAUCGAUCUUCCCUUCUCUCUCUUCUUUUUUUUAUUUUUUGUAGUGAUCUUUUUUGUAUUUUCUACACUUAUUUUUCUUUCUAAGUUGGAGCAGAAACAGAGAAAAAGGGAUGAUUUUUUUGUAGAGAGAGAAAAUUGGAGGAGAAAUUAAAUUGAAUUUACAAAAGAUUAUGAGAUUCUGAGAAUUGGGUUUUUCAAUUGAAUUUGUGGGUAUUUGAUUGAUUUAGGUUGAAAGAUUGAAUUAAAAUGGAUAUUGAUAGUAUUGAGUGUGUAUCUUCAGUAGAUGGUUUGGAGGAAGAAGAGAUCCCUCAUUUUGAUAACCACCAUAACAACCACCAAUUUCCCGCCAAAUCAAGAAUCAAUGUUGUGGGUCCUACAGCAAUUGCACCCGCUACUAGCGUACAUGAAUUGCUUGAAUGUCCUGUUUGUACAAAUUCUAUGUAUCCUCCUAUACAUCAGUGCCAUAAUGGGCAUACAUUGUGCUCCACCUGUAAAUCAAGAGUGCAGAACCGAUGCCCGACUUGCAGGCAGGAGCUUGGUGAUAUUAGGUGCUUAGCUCUGGAGAAGGUGGCAGAGUCACUUGAAUUGCCUUGUAGAUAUUACAAUUUGGGGUGUCCAGAAAUAUUUCCUUAUUAUAGCAAGCUCAAACAUGAGACAGUGUGCAAUUUUAGACCAUACAGCUGUCCUUAUGCUGGAUCAGAGUGCUCUAUCGUUGGUGAUAUCCCCUUCCUGGUGACCCAUCUCAGGGAUGACCACAAGGUGGACAUGCACUCUGGAUGUACAUUCAAUCAUCGCUAUGUAAAAUCCAAUCCCCGGGAAGUGGAAAAUGCUACUUGGAUGUUGACAGUAUUCCAUUGUUUUGGUCAAUACUUCUGCCUCCACUUUGAAGCCUUUCAACUAGGCAUGGCCCCAGUGUACAUGGCAUUCCUUCGUUUCAUGGGUGACGAAAAUGAGGCGCGAAACUACACCUACAGCCUCGAGGUUGGGGGAAAUGGGAGGAAACUUACAUGGGAAGGAACCCCUCGAAGUGUUCGAGAUAGCCACCGGAAAGUACGAGAUAGCCAUGAUGGUCUCAUCAUUCAACGAAAUAUGGCACUUUUCUUCUCCGGUGGAGAUCGGAAGGAGUUGAAGUUGAGGGUAACUGGGAGGAUAUGGAAGGAGCAGCAAAACCCAGAUGCUACUCCUUCCAUACCAAAUAUAUGUAGCUAAAAGUAACACACAACUCCCAUGUUUUUUAGAGGGGUUUGUUGGGUUUUUGAUGGUUUUCUUUGUGUAAUUUUCAUGCUGUCUCACUUUUCUCUGUUUUCUGUGUAAUAGCCUAUAGGAUGGAGAUUUUUGGGAUGGCUGUGAAUUCAAGUUUUCUUAGCUUCUUUCCUCUUAAUUGUCAAUGUUUACAUCUUCUCUAUUUGCUUAA